CAUGACUGUGUUGAUAUUAUAUGUGAAGGUCUGACACGACUGUGUUGCUAUAUACGUGAAGGUCUGACACGACUGUGUUGCUAUAUACGUGAAGGUCUGACACGACAGUGUUGCUAUAUACGUGAAGGUCUGACACGACUGUGUUGCUAUAUACGUGAAGGUCUGACACGACAGUGUUGCUAUAUACGUGAAGGUCUGACACGACAGUGUUGCUAUAUACGUGAAGGUCUGACACGACAGUGUUGCUAUAUACGUGAAGGUCUGACACGACAGUGUUGCUAUAUACGUGAAGGUCUGACACGACAGUGUUGCUAUAUACGUGAAGGUCUGACACGACAGUGUUGCUAUAUACGUGAAGGUCUGACACGACAGUGUUGCUAUAUACGUGAAGGUCUGACACGACUGUGUUGCUAUAUACGUGAAGGUCUGACACGACAGUGUUGCUAUAUACGUGAAGGUCUGACACGACUGUGUUGCUAUAUACGUAAAGGUCUGACACGACAGUGUUGCUAUAUACGUGAAGGUCUGACACGACUGUGUUGCUAUAUACGUGAAGGUCUGACACGACUGUGCUGCUAUAUACGUGAAGGUCUGACACGACAGUGCUGCUAUAUACGUGAAGGUCUGACACGACAGUGUUGCUAUAUACGUGAAGGUCUGACACGACAGUGUUGCUAUAUACGUGAAGGUCUGACACGACUGUGUUGCUAUAUACGUGAAGGUCUGACACGACAGUGCUGCUAUAUACGUGAAGGUCUGACACGACAGUGUUGCUAUAUACGUGAAGGUCUGACACGACAGUGUUGCUAUAUACGUGAAGGUCUGACACGACAGUGUUGCUAUAUACGUGAAGGUCUGACACGACAGUGUUGCUAUAUACGUAAAGGUCUGACACGACAGUGUUGCUAUAUACGUGAAGGUCUGACACGACAGUGUUGCUAUAUACGUGAAGGUCUGACACGACAGUGUUGCUAUAUACGUGAAGGUCUGACACGACUGUGUUGCUAUAUACGUGAAGGUCUGACACGACAGUGUUGCUAUAUACGUGAAGGUCUGACACGACAGUGUUGCUAUAUACGUGAAGGUCUGACACGACAGUGUUGCUAUAUACGUGAAGGUCUGACACGACAGUGUUGCUAUAUACGUGAAGGUCUGACACGACAGUGUUGCUAUAUACGUGAAGGUCUGACACGACAGUGUUGCUAUAUACGUGAAGGUCUGACAGGACAGUGUCUUGCUGGAGUUGGGGAGGAUGUAGUUUAAACAGCUGAAGACUGAUGUAGUUGAAGACAUGGAUGUGACCUUCAACAUGGCAAAUAGCCCAUGCUGCAUUAUACCAUGCCAACUGACCAAAAUACUGGGCCAUUUGCAAAGAUGUGGGCCCAACUUGUGAAGAAUCACAACCAGCAAUAUCUUUACAUUGCUUCUUGAAGUGAACAACUGUCAUUUGUGAAGUACUCUUGGGGAAAGCACAUACAAGCUGUCCACUAAGCGUUCGGUCGGGUACACAGACUUGAACCUUUCCUUUGUAUCCUUUGAGUAAGUUGAGAGUACAUUUUAAUCUUAUUUUAUGGACUGUUAUUAACUCAUCUCUGGACUGAAAACAUUUCACCUUGGUUUCAAACUAAUGGCUACAGAAAAUUAGAUUCAGUCUCUGACAGUAUAUUGACAAACUUUGUCAUGGACUGUCAUUGUAUUGCAUGCACUGGUAUUCCAGAUGGUAUGCAGGGAUAGAAACUUACUUCUUUUAGUCUAGUCCUUUCGAUAUGUGUUGAAAACCUUCAAGGGGGCACGGGUGGCCCAGUCGUCUAAGGCGCCGCGAUUCGCUGUACAGAGUUGCGUCCCUUGGGCACGCCAGAAACCUAUGAUUGUGGGUUCGAAUCCCG